AUGACUACUAUUGUACCCUCUAUUGAUGCACGUAAUGACAUUGAACAUCCUAGAACAUUAAUACCACAACUAUGUCAACAAUUCUAUCAUCUAGGUUGGGUCACAGGUACAGGUGGUGGUAUUAGCAUUAAACAUGGAAAAGAGAUUUAUAUAGCAGCAUCAGGAGUACAAAAAGAGAGAAUUCAAGGAGAUGAUAUAUUUGUAAUGGAUGAACAAGAGAAUGAGAUUAGUUGUCCAUCACCAACAAAAGGAUUAAGACCAAGUCAAUGUACUCCACUAUUCUUUAAUGCCUACAAAAUGAGAGGUGCUGGUGCAGUCAUUCAUACACAUUCAAAACAUGCAGUCAUGGCAACACUAUUGUAUACUGGUACCGAAUUUGAAAUAUCACACCAAGAGAUGAUCAAAGGCAUAGUAUCUGGACAUGGAGUCAAUGCAAAGUAUCUACAAUAUCAAGAUCGAUUGGUGGUACCAAUCAUUGAAAAUACACCACACGAAAGAGAUCUUAAAGAUCGUAUGGCUCGUGCAAUGGAUGCCUAUCCAAAUGCAUCGGCAGUACUCGUUAGAAGACAUGGUCUAUAUGUAUGGGGAAAGGAUUGGAUUCAAGCAAAAACAAUGUCCUUGUGA